ACUAUAUUUUAGGGCAAAUCAUUUCAGUCUCCCCAAUCGCCUCCAUCUCUAUUCUCAUUCUCAACUCGGCCCUCUCUCUGUCUCUGCAACUGCAAAGUACAAAAUCUAUAAGAAUCAGAACCCAUAUCGGCAUAUCAGAUAUGAUUUUGAAUAACGACGACGAUGAUGAUUUUGAAUCACCCACAAACCCUCAAGCAUCCCCGGCGAGGUCGCACCACCGAAUCCACAUCGGCCACCCAGAAGUGGGAGUUGUGGCGUAGUGUCGAUGAAGAGAUUGAAAAGUUCUCUUCGUAGGAGGAUAAGCGUGAAGUGGAAAUUUGAAAUCGGCUCCAUCUCUAUUCUAGUUCUCAACUCUGAACUUGCCCUCUCUCUGUCUCUGCAACUGCAAACUACAAAAUCUACAAGAAUCAGAACCUAUAUCGGCAUAUCAUUUCAGAUUGUUCACAAUAUCAAAACGCAUAUCCUUCAGCUUCCGUCGCCCGUUGUUCUAGUUCAAGUUCGCCGUUUGCAAGCUUCAACCUCUGGUCUGCUGUCUCUCAACUCUCAAGCCCUCUCUUUGCAACUGCUAACUUGUACACAACCAGUCUCUGGUAAAGUGAUGCCCUUCUUGCAAGGCCAUGGUGACACAACUUGUAACAGACAACGUUGAAAUUACAUGCUAUGUGAGGGUUAAUAUUAUGUGGACUAGCUCAAUUAAGGAUUAGGCUUUGAUGAUUUUUUUGAGACCUCUUGACGAUGACUUGCUAUGUAAUAGCUCUUGCUUAGUUUGAAUUCACGUGUAUUGAUGGACAACAUUCUUUUAUGAUGUUUGUAUGUAUUUUUGGAGGAAGGAAAAGAUUUAGAAACCCACCCAUUUAUCUUUGGAGUUCCUAUUAAAUCACAUAUCAUAAUUUCUCAUUUUACAUUUUAGUGGUUUGUAACGAGACCAUGGAGGCAAUGCCAUUUAUCUAAGUAUGCAUGCAAGUGUCAUUAUAUUUUGACUUAUUGCAGAUGUAGUAUGUUUUUAUGUUAAUUUGGGUUAUAAAUUUAUAUAUAUUAGUUAGAAGUUAUAUGCAUAAAUCUAGAG